AUAGUUGGCUCAUUUUUCUCCGCGUACGACGUCAUCCAUACGACGGCUGUUCUCUCUCUUUCUCUCUCUCUUCUCACGUGGACUAUUUCUUUUUGGCCAGCGGCAUCUUGCCGUAUUUAUAGCAAUAACGUGUGUUGUUUCAAAAAUAGCUGAAAAUUGUGUAUAUACGCACGCAAGUUAACACGCUGUAUCAUCAAGAUGAGCCUGCUCUGCGACUGGCAGACCAGCAAACAGAAACUUUCGGAGCGUGGCCAGUACUUGCUGGAGACUGGACAAUGGUCCGAUUGUAAGUUUAUUGUUGGGCAAGAACCUCAACAACAGACUCUCAAAGGCCAUAAAUUGUUUCUGGCAAUGUCUAGUCCAGUUUUUGAGGCUAUGUUCUUUGGCGGCAUGGCAGAAAAGAAUGAUCCGAUACCAAUAAAGGAUGUUCAGCCUGAAGCGUUUAAGGCUUUGUUGGAAUAUAUAUAUACAGAUAAAGUGGAAUUAGGAUCUUUCGAGUUAGCUUGUGAGUUAUGUUAUUGUGCCAAGAAAUACAUGCUGCCAUGCUUAGUAGAAGAAUGCACAAAGUAUCUCUGGUCAGAUCUCUCACCGAAAAAGGCAUGUAGGGCAUACGAGUUUGCUCAACUAUUUGAAGAACCUGUGUUGAUGGACAAGUGUCUGCAAAUCAUACGCACAAAGACGGAUGAAAUAUUAAAGGAAUCUAGUUGGGAGGAUGUGGAGCUGGGAACACUUCUCAAGGUCUUAGACCAAGAUGAUUUGCAGAUCAAUUCGGAGAUAGAAUUAUUUACUGGACUGGAACAAUGGGCCAAGGCAGAAUGUUCUAGGAAAUCUCUUGAUCCAACCAAUGGAAAAUCUUUAAAGUCUGUUAUUGGAAAUGCACUUUCAAAAAUAAGAUUUUUGAGUUUGACUCCGCAAGAGUUUGCAGGGGGUCCUGGUACAUCUCCUCUACUCACAAAAGAUGAAGCUUUUGAUAUAUUAAUGAAUAUAUUACGUAAUGACAACAAAACACCUAUGCCCGAAGGUUUCUGUACUAAUUCGAAUAGCAGAGCAAAGCCAGUAAAAUCUCAAACUAUAAAUCUGGUACGUGGUACUAUAGUAUAUCCCAAAAUGUUUGGUCUUUUAGAAGAAGAAAAAACAAGACCAUCUAUGUUUAAUAAUAAUCCAUAUUUGAAUAUUCCGGUGCGUACUGGCCUUCUAAAUGAUAGGGAACCUAGCAGUACAUUGCGAGAAACUUCACCGAUAUUCGGAGGGAGACAUGACCUAGUAAUAAAUAAGGAUUCUGGAAGUUUACCAAAUUCCUCUUCCACGGGAGUGCUCGUACGCGAGGGACCAAAAUAUUACUGCCUCAGAUCGAUAGUUCAACAAACAGAUUGCUUGAAUACAAAUGUACUGGAUUGUUCCGUCACAUUCAGUGUGGAUAAGAACAUUUGUGUAGUGGGUGUACAAGUUCCCACGCAAAUCGCCGCGGCGAGCAGUUUUACUCACGCUAUACAUGGUGAUACGUCUUACACCGAAAUCUUGUAUGCUCAUCUUCUCGACUGCGACGGCACACGUUUGACGUACACACACUUCACCACUAAAGCGAAUUUUGGCACCCUCGUGGAAAUUACUUUUAAUCGACCAGUUUACAUUCAGAAGCAUAAGGUUUACCGAGUUGGUGUGGUAUUUAAUAAGGCUGGAUGGUAUCCAGUAGGAGUUUGUGCCCAAAAUAUGUCCUGUGAUUCUGUGUUCUUCUCAUUCGGAGUUGGUAAUAGUGCACAUGCGAUUCGUGACGGUCUUAUUCGAUCUAUAGUUUUCACAUAUCAUUAGUGUCUUUGAUCAUGUUGGAUGACAGAAAAAAAAAUUGCGUACAUACUUUUGGACUUAUGAAAAUAAAAAGAAUCUACUUCUUAUGUUAUACAUUACAUUGUUGUGACAUUUUCUUAUUUUUCAAAGCAAUCUUUCACUGUAAAUUUUGAAAAAAUGUACAAAUAUACUCGAUCUAAGCAUAAAGAUAUAAUUUAUCCUGUACAAUAAAAACCUUUUUAACUUAUAUAGCAAAUAUCGACGUUUAUGAUAUAAAGAAAAAAAUCUGUAUUUCAAAUGCUUUUAUUAAAUUUUACACAUUCA